UUAUUCAUCACUCUCUCUCAAACACACUCAAUAACCCUUAAACACCGAACCUAUCUUUUCAAAAGAAAAAAAUAUGGCUUCAAAGAACUCAGCCUCUAUUGCUCUUUUCUUCGCCCUCAACAUCCUAUUCUUCACCUUAACUGCUGCAACUGAUUGUGGUUGCAACCCAAGUCCUAAGCACAAACCGGUCCCUAGUCCUAAGCCCAAGCCAGUCCCAAGUCCUAAACCCAAGCCGGUCCCAAGUCCUUCAGUCCCAAGUCCUUCGGUCCCAAGUCCUAACCCUAGGCCCGUCACACCUCCCAGCACUGGUUCAUCUGGAAACUGUCCUAUCGAUGCUCUCAAGCUUGGUGUAUGUGCAAACGUUCUAAGCAGUCUACUCAACAUACAAUUGGGUCAGCCAUCAGCUCAACCAUGUUGCUCGCUCAUCCAAGGUUUGGUUGACCUCGACGCUGCGAUUUGCCUCUGCACUGCUCUUAGGGCUAACGUUCUUGGAAUCAACCUUAACGUUCCUAUAUCUCUCAGCGUUCUUCUCAACGUUUGUAACAGAAAGCUUCCGUCUGGUUUCCAAUGUGCUUGAACGAUAUCAACAGCUAUGCAUACGAUGUGAUGCAUGUAAGCUAGAGUAUUUGCUUAAAUUUGAAUUUGUUAAAGUGAAAUAAUAAAUGUGUGAGACUUUC